AUGUCGCCCGCCGCUUUGAAGGGGUUCAGUACUGCCUCCGAGAAUGCACACACCAACGGAGCCACUAAAGCACGUACAGACGGGUUUGGCACACGAGCGAUCCACGUUGGAUCGGAGCCAGAUCCCGAGACUGGUGCUGUUAUUCCGUCGAUAUCGCUGAGCACGACUUACAAACAGAAUGGUGGUUUUGAGUAUUCUCGCUCAGGAAAUCCGAACCGAAAUGCGCUGGAAACAACUCUCGCAUCUCUGGAGUCCGGUGGCGCUUAUGGUCUCGCUUUUGCGUCUGGAUCAUCAACGACUGCGACAGUGCUACAAUCCCUCGGUCCCAACGCCCAUAUUGUCAGCGUCAACGACGUGUAUGGAGGUACAUUCCGGUAUAUGACACGGGUCGCUGCCGAAAACCAAGGGAUCGAGACAACGUUUGUUGAUCUCGAGAACGCUGAUGAUGAAACGAUCGCAGCGGCAUUCCGUCCGAAUACCAAACUGGUCUGGAUUGAAUCACCCACAAACCCUACCCUUCGACUUAUCGACAUUCCCCACAUUGUCUCCCUCGCCCGCGAAGCUUCCUCAUCGCCCCUCGUCCUCGUCGACAACACCUUCCUCUCACCAUUCUACUCCUCACCUCUCCUUCAAGGUGCGGAUAUCGUCAUGCACAGCCUCACGAAAUACGUCAACGGGCACUCGGACGUCGUCAUGGGCGCGCUGAUCCUCCCCUCACAUCACGCCGCGCUCACAGAGAAGCUGCGCUUCCUGCAGAACGCGAUUGGCGCCGUGCCGAGCGCGUACGACUGCUGGCUCGCGCAGCGCGGCGCGAAGACGCUGCACCUGCGCAUGAAGGCGCAUGGCACGAACGCGCUUGCGGUCGCACGUGCGCUCGAACGUUCGCCCUACGUCGAGGACGUCAUAUACCCUGGACUAGCGUCGCAUCCGCGGAACGACCUUGCGUAUCGCUCGCUGUCGCCGCACGCGCGGAAGUUCGUCGACGAUUAUGCUGAGCGUAACGCGGAUGGCGGGUUUCCGUAUGGCGGGAUGAUCUCCUUCCGGAUACGCGGCGGCGCGGAGGAGGCCGACAGGUUCCUCACCGCCACGCGUUUAUUCACGCUGGCGGAGUCCCUUGGUGGGGUUGAGAGUCUGGCAGAACUGCCGGCGCAGAUGACGCAUGGCAGUAUUCCUCCGGCUGAGCGGGCCCACUUAGGCAUUGGCGAUAACCUCAUCCGGCUCUCCGUUGGGGUUGAGGAGACAGAGGACUUAAUUGCUGACGUGGAGCAAGCGUUGCGUGUUGGAGUUGAGGGCUUGUGA